UAGUCCUUAGACGCCGCCGUAUUGAGGUGACCGAAGGGGGAAACGAAAUCUUCGCAUCCGGUUAAAAUCCCGCCAAUUACCAAGUUUCAGAAAUUGAACAGACGCCUCUCUUCUUCUUCUUCGAGGAAUCCGAAAAUGGAAGAGCAGAAGAAGAAACGAUGGAGCGUCACCUACACCAAACACAUCAAACAGAAGAGGAAACUUUAUCAAGAUGGUUUCCUCGAUCUUCACACUUCAACAUGCAAGGUGAUAUUGUACGAUGACUGUGAGAAGCUUCUGGAAUGCAGGAUCUUGAGAAAAGAUGAAGAUGUUACCUCUGGGGAAACUCUUACAUUUAAUGCCUAUUUGGUUGAUGUUGGUGAUCCAGAAGGAGAUCAUGAGGAUGAUGACUUAAAUUUUCACAAGCUGAAGAACAACUCAAAUUCUUCUGAACUGAGAAAGGCCAAUUCACAGAAGAAUAAAGUAAGGUCAAGCAAUCUAACUCCGUCGCAGAAGAUAAUCAGGGAGUUCAAGGAUAGCGAACUGCAAAAAUGUGGAGCUCCACAGAUUAGUCCAAAUAGAAUGGAGCCUAACACCACUGAAAUGCAGGUCCUCUACACUACACAACUAACUCAAAGGGCCAAGAAGUAUCAUGAUGGUUUCUUACGUCUUUCAGUCUGUGGAUCCAUGGGGAGAAAGGUCAUGUUGUUUGACCAAAGCAGGAAACUCUUAGAUAGCAGGUUUCUUAAGAAGGAUGAAGUAGUGACUUCUGGUGAAUCAAUAGCAUUUGAUGCUUAUAUGGUUGAGAUCGGAGAAUGUGAAAGAAACCUUGGUGAAGGAAAAAACAGAAAUAACGUUGGGGUAAGACAUGGAGAGCAAAAUAAAUAUGAAAGUGAUGGAAUUGUCAAAAAAGAGUUCAAGACGACUGAAGAACACAUACCAGGAGCAACAGAGAGUAACGCAUACACAAUGCAGACAAAAAUAGAAGAAUGGCAGGUACUGUAUACUACACAUGUUACGCAGAAAGCCAAGAAGUAUCAUGAAGGUAUCUUAAGGCUUGCAAACUAUGAAUCCCGAGGGAGGCAGAUCAUGCUGUAUGAUGCAAGCAAGAAACUAUUGAAUAGUAGAUUCCUAAAAAAAGACGAAGUCAUAAGAUCUGGUGAAUCAAUUGCAUUUGACGCCCAUCUGGUUGACAUUGGGGAACCUGAAGGAAACCAUCAUCAAGAUUUGAAAAAUUCAUGUGCCCAAAUAAGCAGUUGCAAUAUCACUGGGGAGAAAAUGAUUCAUAGAAAGCAGAACUGUCAGACAGCCAAUAAAUUGGUUUUAAAUGGGAAGCCUCAAAAUUACACUUGUCCUAAGGAAUAUCUGCAACUGAAUUCCACUGUCUCAAAUAUAGAUGAUUUAAAAUUAAGAAAGAGUUUCUCAGCCAACAAGCCUUUCCGUGAUGCUCAGCAAAUCUUGUCUGUUCUCCAAAAACCUUUGGCCAAAGAGAUUGUUAAUGUUUCUGCAUGUAGCAAUAAUGGUGGAAUGAGGCAAGUUUCUUCCACCAAGAAGCUUCAAGAUGUUCCUGAAGAAGAUUGUCAAUUCCAGGGGAUAUCAACAGUGUGUUAUGGAUCAAGAGAAGUGGACAUUGGGAAGUCACCUAGGGUUAUCUCUCCUGAAGCCAGGUUAAUAUCUGGUGGUAGUGGUGGACAACUCUCCAAGGACACUGACGCUGGAAACUCUCAUCAGUCUGACUCGAAUAAUCUUCAAGCCAAUACCCAAUAUCUUAAUGAAGCAUUUGUUUUUGGCACUUCAAGUUCAAUCCGCUGUCCUCCUGAGCCAGUUGAGGAUAAACACAAUAACUCAGAAGAUCUCAAGAUUGCAAUGGAAACCGAUGAAUGCCCAAGUUUUGACCUUGGAUUUUGAGUGAAGAUGUUUGCAUGCCAAUUUGUCACAUGUGCCCUUCAAGAUUAAAGCAAUCCUCAAGACAUCAGUCCACUGCAUUAAUAGUGUUCAUGCCAAUUUUGGAACUCAUGUAAAUUGUUCAAUUGCAUUACUAAUACACAAUUUGUACAGGAAAAUAAUCAGUAUUACCUACUAAUCUACCUUCAUAAGAUUAAUAAAAACAAGUUUAGGUACCGGCACCUGUGAUUUCAAGCGACAUUGACCAUAACUCAAUUCUUGAAAACCAUGCCAUGGACAUUGAUUUGCCAGAAUCUGUUACUGGCACUAUGAGUGAUAUGCCAGGUGAAAGCCAGUCAUUAGUAAGUACCAAUGUGAAUGGCUUUGCAAUUUCAAAUGAUGGUGAAAAUGUUGUUGUGCCACAUCCAAGCAAUUCCAAUGAUGAAGACAGGAUUGAGUAGGCAGAUUGAAACUACUUUUCUCCUGCAAUUUUUGUUUUAUCAUCAAUUUCAAGAAUUAUCAAGGGUGUUACACGAGCACUUUCAUCAAAAUUUUAAGAUGACAUGAUAACGAGUAAGAAGUUGGGAUGUUUCGAUUUACAGAGCUGGAAGUUUCUCCAUGACACAUGCUUUCAGAUCAUCAAGCUUCAGUUGCAUCAGUUCAAGUACUGACUAGAAGGAAAUCUGUUGUAAUUAGUGACCAUAUUGCUAAUCCCAUUCCUGGCAAUCAGGUAUUGUAUAUUUACAUAUUGAGUUCUCCAUUCAAACCUUGUUGCAUCUUUUUAUUUACUUUUUUCUUGAUAAACUUGAUCAUAACUU